AUGUCUGAGGCGGCAACACCACUCCAGGGCGGCAACACCACUCCAGGGCAGCUCCGGCCAGUCUGCAAUCCGUUCAUCCGCAGGCCACAGGCUCUGGGAACGUCGUGGGGAAAAAUGGAUUAUUAUUACCUAUCUGGGGGCUUAGGGCUGGGGGUGCUCCUUCUGCUUGUGGUCGUUCUGUCCAUCUGCCUGUGUCGGCUCCACAGGAGAGUGAGGAGGCUGGAGAGAAGCUGGGUCCAGGCCUCAAAACAGGAGCUCCACUACGCGUCCUUGCUGAGGCUGCCUGAACGGGAGGGACCUGACGUCCGAGAAAGGGAAGGCAACAAGGAGGACCCCAGCGGGGACUAUGCCUGCAUUGCCAAGAACAAACCCACCUGAAUACCUGCAGAUGCCCCUCCCCCAACCCACAGCCAUCCUGUGGUUCAUCCAGUAAAGACCAUGGUCUUGCCA